AUGAUGCUUCAGAGCCUCUUCCUGACCGUUCUAGGUCAAACGGUCCUUGCGGCCCCAAAGUUCGACCACGAUGCGCCGCCUCAGCUAGCUUGCGAGAAGCUCACGAUACCACAAUUCGACACGUUUGAUGUCAUCUCUUCCCAAAGUAUCGAAGUUCGGAACUACUCUUUACCGUCCAACCCGUUGGCUUCAGGGGCCAAUUUCUGCAAUUACACUCUGACGCUUAACCACCACGGGGCCGAUGAUGUUGUCUUCGUUAGCAUCUGGCUUCCCCUUGACAACUGGAAUGGCCGGUUCUUAGCCACUGGAGGUAGUGGUCUCGCAGCAGGGACAUUUGCCUCCGCGAUGACAGAUCCAGUAUCUAAAGGAUAUGCCGCCGGCUCGACUGAUGCGGGCCUGACUUUGAAUCACACGAGCGACCCCAACUCCGGACAGUGGGCCCUGAAUCCGGAUCGAAGCCUCAACACAGUCUUGUUAGAAAACUUUGCAACUCGCUCCAUACACGAGAUGGCUCUCAUUGGGAAAGCUGCGGUAAAGGCUUUUUACGGCGUCGACCCUCAACAUUCGUACUACAGCGGGUGCUCCCAAGGUGGAAGGCAGGGAUAUUUCGCAGCAGAGUACAGCCCGGAGGAUUUCGACGGAAUCCUCGCGAACGCGCCAGCUAUCAAUGCCCCUCGACUAUCUCCUGCACUCUUCUGGCCUUCAGUGGUAAUGGGAAACAUUGCAACACCCCCACAGUGUGUUUUCCAGAGGUAUCAGGAGGCCAUCAUUGCAGAGUGUGACCCUCUUGAUGGUGCUUCGGAUGGUCUCAUUUCCGCCCCAGAGAAAUGCGAUUUCGAUACAUCAAAGUUGAUCGGCGAGGAGGUCGACUGCGCCGACACCAACGGAACGGUUUCAAUCACGGAGGAUUACUCUGUAGUUGUCGCAAAGACUCUCGAGGGUGCGAGAACGAGGUCCGGCGAGUUUCUCUGGUAUGGCAACCCUCCUGGGGCACCAUUCAGCGGGCUCGCAAACACCAAGACAGAGAAUGGCGUCACCGUUCCCGUCCCAUUUGCCCCGGCGGAAGCUUGGAUGCGUUACUUUGUCUCCCAAGAUCCUGACCUCGACACCGCGUCCCUAACCUUCGCAGAGUUUGAGCAAAUCUUCGAGGAGUCGGUCGAAAGGUUCACCGAAUCUCUCGGCUCCGAUAACACCGAUCUUACGGAUUUCAAGAAAGCCGGCGGCAAGUUGUUGACGUGGCACGGGAUGGCAGACUCGCUCAUCACGCAUCGGGGCACUAUGCUCUACUGGGACAGACUGCAAACGAAAAUGGGGGGUCCGGGAGUCGUUGAUGAAUUCUACCGAGUGUUUCUCGCACCCGGUGCCGGUCAUUGCGCUGGCGGCUACGGACCUGUGCCUGUUGACCCUCUCUCUAUUCUUGUAGAUUGGGUCGAAAAGGGGGAAGUACCAGACACUCUUUUUGCAGCUACGACUCAGAAUGGAGUCAACACGACUCGGGAUCUGUGUCCUUAUCCUCAGGUUCUGCGGUACAGAGGAGAAGGUGAUGUAAAGGAUGCGGAUAGCUUCAUCUGUGAGGACGAAACCUAG